CUACUUCACUGGCUGCUCUCUGACUGACAUUGGAAAACAACUUUCUGAGAAGUAGUAACCGCCGACUGAACCCUGUACAAAUAGGAGUUUCAGGAAGGGAAGAAGCAAUGGUGCCACAGAAACAAGCUGAAGAGGCUAUUGUCCCUGGGGGCAUAAGUGCGAAUGACAUAAGUGUGAAUGACGGAACUCAGGGAGGAGAGGAAGAAAGAGUAGAUCAUGAGCCUAGGCAUAGCUUCAAAAGCUUACUUUGGCAUGGAGGCUCUGUUUAUGAUGCUUGGUUCAGCUGUGCCUCAAAUCAGGUAGCACAGGUUCUUUUGACUUUGCCAUACUCUUUCUCCCAACUGGGGAUGCUUUCAGGAGUCCUUCUACAGAUAUUCUAUGGUUUAUUAGGAAGCUGGACUUCUUAUCUCAUCAGUGUCCUCUAUGUUGAGUACCGGACCAGAAAGGAGAAGGAGAAUGUCAGCUUCAAAAACCAUAUUAUUCAGUGGUUCGAGGUGUUGGAUGGUUUGUUGGGUCCACAAUGGAAAGCUGUGGGAUUAGCGUUUAAUUGCACAAUGCUCCUAUGUGCUGCUGUUAUACAGCUGAUAGCCUGUGCAAGCAAUAUAUAUUACAUUAAUGACAGACUGGGCAAGAGAACAUGGACAUACAUAUUUGGGGCGUGUUGUGCAACUACCGUGUUCAUCCCCUCAUUUCACAACUACAGAAUUUGGUCAUUUUUUGGUCUGGGGAUGACCACUUACACUGCAUGGUACCUAACCAUCGCGGCCUUUAUCCAUGGCCAGGUUGAUGGAGUAAAACAUUCUGGCCCAACAAAACUAGUAUUGUAUUUUACUGGUGCCACCAACAUACUUUACACUUUUGGUGGUCAUGCUGUCACUGUGGAGAUCAUGCAUGCAAUGUGGAAGCCGCAGAAAUUUAAGUAUAUCUAUCUGUUUGCGACCAUCUACGUCUUCACACUAACAAUCCCAUCAGCUGCUGCUGUUUAUUGGGCCUUUGGUGACCAGCUCCUUGACCAUGGAAAUGCCUUCUCAGUGCUUCCUCGCACACGUUUUCGUGAUGCAGCUGUUAUUCUAAUGCUAAUCCAUCAGUUCAUAACAUUUGGAUUUGCUUGCACCCCUCUGUAUUUUGUGUGGGAAAAAGUUGUUCGGAUGCAUGACACAAAAAGCAUAUGUUUAAGGGCAUUGGUCAGGUUACCGGUGGUGAUACCAAUUUGGUUCCUGGCCAUAAUAUUCCCCUUCUUUGGGCCGAUCAAUUCAGCUGUUGGAGCAUUUUUAGUCAGCUUCACCGUCUACAUAAUCCCUGCUCUUGCACAUAUGCUUACUUACCGAAAGGCCUCGGAUCGCCAGAAUGCUGCAGAAAAGCCACCAUUCUUCCUACCGAGCUGGACCGCCAUGCAUGUGGUGAACACAUUCGUGGUGGGAUGGGUUUUCGUGGUUGGAUUUGGAUUCGGAGGGUGGGCAAGCAUGAGCAACAUCAUCAAACAAGUUGAUUCCUUUGGUCUGUUCGCCAAAUGCUAUCAGUGCAAGCCGCCUCCUCCCACACACCAGCACUAAGCCGUGACACGAUUAGUGUCGUACUAACCACCUCAUACUGUGCAUUUGUCUGCAGUACUGUGCUGUUGUUUCUCCCCAGAUUUUAUUUUGUCCAAACUUUUACAACGCAGACAUAGUGAUCAGUCUACUAGCGUUGACAGGGAAUCAAAGGUUGACAACACAUAGGAACUUCAUCAAUGAUGCUAUUACAAA